CUCUGCAGGGGAGCGGCGGCGGGAUGGUGGACCUGGACAGCGAGGUGCCCCCGCUCCCGCCGCGAUACCGGUUUCGGGAUUUGCUGCUGGGCGACCAGGGCUGGCAGAGUGACGACAGGGUGCAAGUUGAAUUCUAUAUGAAUGAAAAUACAUUUAAAGAGAGACUAAAGCUCUUCUUCAUCAAAAACCAAAGAUCAAGUCUGAGAAUCCGAUUAUUCAAUUUUUCACUUAAACUACUAAGCUGUUUCUUAUACAUAAUCCGUGUGCUCCUGGAUGAUCCUACACAAGGACUUGGAUGUAAGGAAUUAAACCGUAAUUGUUCCAAUCAAAACUACACACCUGGAACAAUUGAUUGGUCUCCUAUUAUUUGGGUGAAUAGAAGCUUGCCUUUGUGGGGAUUACAGGUUUCUGUGGCUGUAAUAAGUCUCUUUGAAACUCUACUGCUGAGUUAUCUAAGCUACAAGGGAAAUAUCUGGGAACAAAUCCUGAGAAUACCCUUUCUCCUGGAAAUAAUUAAUGCUGUCCCUUUCAUCAUCACGAUUUUCUGGCCAGUCCUAAGAAACCUGUUUAUUCCUGUAUUUUUAAAUUGUUGGCUGGCAAAGCAUGCUUUAGAGAACAUGAUUAAUGAUCUUCACCGAGCCAUCCAACGCACCCAGUCUGCAAUGUUUAACCAAGUCCUCAUUUUAAUAUCUACUUUACUGUGUCUUAUCUUCACUUGUAUUUGUGGAAUUCAGCAUCUGGAACGAGCAGGAAACAGGUUGACUCUCUUUGACUCCCUUUAUUUCUGCAUAGUAACAUUUUCCACUGUGGGCUUUGGGGAUGUUACACCCAAGAUAUGGCCUUCAAAGCUGCUUGUUGUCAUUAUGAUCUGUGUUGCUCUUGUGGUGUUGCCCAUACAGUUUGAACAGCUGGCAUAUUUGUGGAUGGAGAGACAAAAGUCUGGUGGUAACUACAGUCGACACAGAGCUCAGACAGAAAAACAUGUUGUGCUGUGUGUUAGCUCCCUGAAGAUUGACUUACUUAUGGAUUUCUUAAAUGAAUUCUAUGCUCACCCCAGAUUGCAGGACUAUUACGUCGUUAUUUUGUGUCCUACUGAGAUGGAUGCUCAGGUCCGAAGGGUGUUACAAAUCCCAAUGUGGUCCCAAAGAGUUAUCUAUCUGCAAGGCUCAGCACUAAAAGACCAAGACCUGUUGAGAGCUAAAAUGGAUGAUGCUGAAGCUUGUUUCAUUCUGAGCAGCCGCUGUGAAGUGGACCGGACAGCAGCUGAUCAUCAAACCAUUUUAAGAGCAUGGGCAGUUAAAGACUUUGCUCCAAAUUGUCCUUUGUAUGUCCAAAUACUGAAGCCUGAGAAUAAAUUCCACAUCAAGUUUGCAGAUCAUGUUGUGUGUGAAGAGGAAUUCAAAUAUGCUAUGCUAGCUCUCAAUUGCAUAUGUCCAGCUACCUCUACAUUAAUCACUCUGCUGGUUCAUACAUCUAGGGGACAGGAGAGUCAGCAAUCACCGGAACAAUGGCAGAAAAUGUAUGGCAGAUGCUCUGGUAAUGAAGUGUAUCAUAUUAAUCUGGAAGAAAGUACUUUUUUUGCUGAGUAUGAGGGGAAGAGCUUCACAUACGCUUCUUUCCACGCACAUAAAAAGUUUGGAGUCUGUCUGAUUGGUGUUAGAAAGGAAGAUAACAAAAACAUUUUGCUGAAUCCAGGUCCUCGAUAUAUCAUGAGUUCUACAGAUAUAUGCUUUUAUAUAAAUAUCACAAAAGAAGAGAAUUCUGCUUUUAAGAAGCAAGAAAAGCAUAGAAAAAAACAUGAAUCAAAGUUAUCUUAUCAUGGAGCAUCUAGGUUACCCGUACACAGUAUAAUAGCCAGCAUGGGGACAGUGGCAAUCGAUUUACAAGACACGGGAUGCCGGCCGUCGAGCGGCCCAACGCUGACCCUCCCUUCCGAGGGUGGGAAGGAGGGCAGACGGCCCAGCAUAGCACCGGUUCUGGAGGUUGCAGACUCCUCCUCACUUCAGACUUGUGACCUGCUAAGUGACCAAUCAGAAGAUGAAACUACCCCAUCAGAUGAUGAAGUCUCUGCAGGCUUAGAGUAUGCCAAAGGCUAUCCCCCUUACUCUCCAUAUAUUGGAAGCUCUCCCACAUUUUGUCAUCUUCUGCAUGAAAAAGUACCCUUCUGUUGUCUAAGACUAGACAAGGGAUGCCAGCAUAACUACUAUGAAGAUGCCAAAGCCUAUGGAUUCAAAAAUAAAUUGAUUAUAGUUGCAGCAGAAACUGCUGGAAACGGCUUAUAUAACUUUAUUGUUCCACUCAGAGCUUAUUACCGACCAAAGAAAGAACUAAAUCCCAUUGUAUUACUCCUGGAUAACCCGCCAGAUAUGCAUUUUCUGGAUGCAAUCUGUUGGUUUCCAAUGGUUUACUACAUGGUGGGCUCUAUCGACAACCUAGAUGACUUAUUAAGAUGUGGGGUCACCUUUGCAGCUAAUAUGGUGGUGGUGGACAAAGAAAGUACAAUGAGUGCUGAGGAAGACUACAUGGCAGAUGCUAAGACUAUUGUAAAUGUUCAAACACUUUUUAGGUUGUUCUCAAGCCUAAGCAUUAUCACAGAACUAACUCACCCAGCCAAUAUGAGAUUCAUGCAGUUCAGAGCCAAAGACUGCUAUUCUCUUGCUUUAUCCAAAUUAGAAAAGAAAGAGCGUGAGAAGGGAUCUAAUUUGGCAUUUAUGUUUCGGCUGCCCUUCGCUGCUGGCAGGGUUUUCAGCAUCAGUAUGUUGGAUACGCUGCUUUAUCAGUCAUUUGUGAAAGAUUAUAUGAUUUCUAUCACAAGACUUCUGCUGGGACUUGAUACCACACCAGGAUCUGGGUUUCUUUGUUCUAUGAAAAUCACAGAAGAGGAUCUAUGGAUUAGGACAUAUGCCAGACUAUAUCAGAAACUUUGUUCUUCUACAGGAGAUAUUCCAAUUGGAGUCUACAGGACAGAAUCCCAAAAGCUUACAACGUCUGAGUCUCAAAUCUCUAUCAGUGUGGAAGAAUGGGAAGACACUAAAGACACCAAAGAACACAUUAGCUAUCGUAGUAAUCAUCGUAACUCAACAUCUAGCGAUCAGUCUGAUCACCCCUUGUUACGGCGGAAAAGCAUGCAGUGGGCUCGACGCCUGAGCAGGAGAGUGCCCAGGCACGCUGGGAAAACAGCAGAGAAGAUCAACCAGCAGAGAAUGAACCUGUACAGGAGGUCAGAAAGACAGGAGCUUGCUGAACUUGUGAAAAACAGAAUGAAGCAUCUGGGCCUUUCUCCAGCAGGAUACGACGAAAUGAAUGAUCAUCAGAAUACCCUUUCUUACAUCCUCAUCAAUCCUUCUCCAGAUACAAGAUUAGAGCUGAACGAUAUAGUAUACUUGAUUCGACCUGAUCCAUUGGCGUAUGUUCCAAAUACUGCACCCAGACGAAAAGACAGCUUCUGCAAUACAGUGGGACAAGACACCAGGGAGGAAACACAACUUUGAUAUGUAACUCAUCAUAAAAUUAAGAGACAAUUUUAUAGACAUGUUGUUUCCACUAACAAUUUUGAAAACUGAAUGGUACCUUUUAUUCAGAUUUUGGAAACAAAAUGACAGUGGGUAAGUGACAAAAUUCGGCAAUGUGGUGUUAGAAACAGAAUUAUGACACCUAUUACUAUUUAAUUAGUAAGAACACAUGAUUUUAAAUGAGGAUUUUCAGUGAUUUUAAGUGACAGAUUCCAUCAUGUGUUUUGCUUAGAUGCUUCUAAGCAUAUUUAUCAAGGCAACAGCAUGGCAAUGACUAAGCUUCUGACCUACAUCAGUAAAGAUUAUGUGAUGCUCAUAGAGCGACCAUGCAUACUUUGUAGUAGAAAACGUUAAUAGCUGAAGCUACCAAUGAGGCUUUGUGUGGCAAGAAACAUUUGAAAUAUUUUUCCAUCUCAGCCUGUCACUCAUUUAUAUUAGAACAGGCUAGUUUCAGUCCCAUUUUAGCCUCCAGAACUUGAGUGUUAGUUCUCUGGGUUUACACAGAUCAGGUUGAAUUACACAGCCUAGUCACACCAUAGAGGUUGAGGUCUGAGGCAUAUUGCCUGAAAGAUUAGCCCAGAGGAGCCCACCGGGAAGAAAGUCCCUGUCAUCUCACACAGGCAGACCUCACAUUUGCAAAAACUGGAAAGGUACUGUCUAUGUGAAGCUCUGAACAGCAGGAGCUGAUGAGCCCUUAGUGAGUUUGUCAAUAAAAGCCUGACUAGAUGAUGAUACUAAAGUGAAAGUAUCCCUCUAAGGAACAGUUCAUACCACAAGUCUUUCCCAUUUCCAUGAACAUGCCAUAACUGUAACUGUCCAAGGUGUGUACAUGCUGAGUCACUCAGAUUACUCAAAUGUGAUACAUUUUCAUAUUAAAUCAUGUAUCACAUGGAAAAUUAGAAAUAUUUAUAGUAACACUCAUUCCAUAAAAGAAAAAAAUGUGAAAAGACACCAUGGAUUUGAAGAGUCCCUUUUGGCAUUAAGUACACAAGAAAGCAUCUGCAAGCCUAUGAAACAUCUGAAGCUGCUACAGGGUCUCCAGUCUGCACAUACAAGAAUGGCACAAUUGGUCAAGCUUUCUACACAAUUAAACAUGCCUGUAUGUGAUCUUCCAAAAUCACAUUCUUGCUUUGCCAUCUGUCACAAAGGGGGAAGAUCAUGCUUAAGGUAAAACCUCUACUGUUAUGUUCAUCCACAUAGCACUGGUACAAGAAAUUUGGCAGAUAGUCUGCAAUAG